AACAUCGUGUAUGCAAAGAUGUUUGACCUUCGACUUUUUCGUCGCAUCAUACGCCUGCUCUUAUCAGUAUUUCGUUGAGCUAACCGUUCAGAUGAACAUCGUUACUUGUCCAGUGAGGAUCAUACUUAGCAUCAUUGCAUCAUGGCAUACAGCGUUUGCGCUUCCAUGUUCGUGUUCUGGGUUUUCCUGAUUUCGCUUGCUUCUAGUGCCCGGGUAUAUGAUUGCGAACCCGGCACUGAACCGACUCUGUGCAUCGUCAAUAACCUGGUGUACACUCCGGAACAGGACCCGUUACCGCUAGUGAAUCGGUCGGACACUGUGAAACGUGUUCAGCUGAACUACGAACGCUUUCACUAUCAGCAGAAGGCUCUUUUAAAUGUGUACGAUGUGGUGCUACAUGAGACUGUACUCCGCAGUCCGCCGAACGUCGCUGUCAUCAACUACCAACUGCAUACUCUUGUGAUGCCGCGUGAUCUUGAAGUCGGCGAUUUCUUGAACAAUAUAAUCAAAGUGGUGGAUACUGAUCCAGCGCAAUCAUACAAUCUACGCUAUCUGGACCUCUCGCAUAACAGUUUGGAUGAUUUGAGGAAUCUGUCCGUGCUAGUGAAUCUGCAAACAUUGAGGCUAGAGCGAAAUGAAAUUGUCGAGAUAAAACCGGAAACGUUCGCCAGGAUGAUCAACCUUUCAAUACUGACCCUUGGAUACAACCAUAUUGUGAAGAUUGAUCUGAAGGUGCUACCGAAACGAUUAAUCAUGCUUUCUCUGAGAAGAAACAGCUUGACGGAGAUCGUUUUCGGGUCCGUUUCUUUCGUCUCCAUGCGUGAGCUGGAUCUUGAGAGUAAUCAAUUGACAGCGAUUGAUGUGGCCAGUAUGAUGCGAGCAUGUCCCUCGCUGCAACUGCUUCCGAUCGAGUUCAAUCCAAUAUCGAAGGAUGAGGCACAACGAAUUAUCACGGAACUGGACCAACACAACGUGUCCUAUUAUAUCGAUGGUGGCAAUGCCAAUGAUUUGGAUAGCUCCUGCGACUCGGACGAGUAUCAGAUUGAUCGAAUGUGUUUCAGUACAUCUGUCCUGGGACCAAAAACCUUCUUGAAAGCAUUCGUACUCAUCCUGGUGGGUAUAGUGUUACUCGGUUUGUUUGGGUUGAGCGCACGCUGGAUAUGGCAUGAAAUGCGAUAUUGAUAAGGCCCCAUUUGGCGAUUUCCUG